AUGGAGCCAUCACCGUGCCUACCUGGUACCCCACCACAAGUGCCUUUGAGGACUUCCCUGCUGGACAGCGAGCCAACCUGCUGCAGGUCCGAGCCAGACCUCAGCCAGGGCUCCAGCCCAGCCACCGAGGCAGUGAGCCUCCCAGAUCCAGGUCCGAUUGUCGAAUCGCCUGGAUGUCGAAGCCCUUGUCGGCGACCUCAACCACAUUUCUACGGAGGUCGUCCCAGCCAAUGCCGAAUUGCCACGACUGACCGUCUACCUGGAAGGUCAGAGAACCUCCGCCCAGCACCACCGGGCAAUCCAAUCAAUGAUGACGUCUCCUCGGACGAGGAAGACGAGAUGCCACCACCGGAAGCCGCAGAAGCCGAGGACCAAGGUCUGGAUGACCUACACCCCGGCCGGCCAAUAGAGCCAGCGGCACCCCAAGUCGGGGCUCAAGACCAGGACGGUCUCCACCUCGGUCGGCUAAUAAAACCAACCAGCCAACCAGGACGGCAACCUACGCACCAUGGACGGCCUACCCUGAGGCGACUCCAGGCCCUAGCCAUGUUAGGCCACAUGCAUAUAUCAAACCCCCGAGCCAGCCACCACCCGCUAAUAAAACCAACCAGUCAACCGGGACGGCAACCUACGGACCAUGGACGGGUCCAACGUCUGGACGACGACCGCCCUCCAUGUCCACGGAUAGCCUACCCUGAGGCGACACCAGGCCCUAGCCAUGCUAGGCCACAUGCAGAGAACAAACCCCCAAGCCAGCCACCACCCGCUGUAGGCGGUCCAACCAAGCGACCGGCCCAGCAUUUUCCCGGACACCUUGAUAUAAGGCGCAAGCGACGUCCAUUGAGGAUGGUCGCUAUUUCUCCACCGCCCACCAAGAGGACUCAGCAGCCACGCCCCCAUGAGAGGCCAGGGAUGUCGGCCAACCCCCAGCAGAGCCAACUAGCCGCCAGUCGGACUACCGGAGCAGCCAGCGUUGGACAGCCCCCCCCCCAGUGCCAAAGACACUCAAACAUAAACUAA